AUGUCCAUCAACUGGGUAAUGCUCGACGACAACGGCGGAGGCUUCACUCCUCUGCCGGGCGAGCAGCGCCUGUAUACGUCACCCUCGCGUACCGCCCUGUCGAUACAAAGCGUCAACAAAUUCCCCGGAAAGCAACCGUUCACUCUGCAAAGCUCUGCUGGCACGGCAUAUCUCACGAAUCGAAGACUAGUUUAUCUACCGAGCGUAUCGACGCCGGCGCUGCAGUCCUUCACCGCUCCCAUUUUGAACCUACAUGACACGCACGUCGCUGCUCCGUUCUUCGGACCAAAUGUCUGGACAGGCAUCGUCCAGGCAGUUCCCGGUGGCAACAUACCGCCUGAGCACCCUGCCGUUGAGUUGAAGCUUACCUUCAAGGAUGGAGGUGCUUUUGAUUUCCACACUACAUUUGAGCGCAUAAAGGAGCGUCUUCAUCAAGCAGUCGAGGUGGCCAGAGAGAGCGGGCAGCUGGUGGGAGAUGGCAGCGAGUCCAAUGCCGGCAGAGGAGGUGGGGCGCUGGACGCUGUCAACCUGGACUCCGUGCAUCUCGACGAGCUGCCGGCAUACGAUGCAGCUACAGCUCCAAGGGAUAUGCUAGAUAAUCUGCAGUCACCACCGCCUUUGCCGACCGUCAACGGGGCCCCUCAAGCUCCAGGACAGUGUGGUCCGCAGGAGUCAUUCUCACCACCUGUUGAGCCACCUCCAGGCUACGAGACAGUGCAGAAUCAGAGUGUCGCGGACGAACUGGAGCGAAGACUUCGUGACUCUGCUUCUCGCUAA